AAUAAUUUUAAAAUUAUGAUAAUCAAAAUAAUAAUUUUAAAAUUAUGAUAAUUAUUCUCUAAUUAAUUAUAUGUUAUUUAUGGUAAUUGUCUUAAUUAAACACUAUGCACCGCUCUCACUCUCAGUCACCAUCUUCACUGAAUUCCCAACCCAAAUUUAACAGUUGAAAUUGGGAAAUCAAGCAAAGAUCCAUUCCAAUCCAAACUUGCAGGAUCAAAAUCCCAUUUGCUAGAUUCGCAAGAAAGGCAGACAACUUACUGCAUUUGGGUUCUGAAAAAUGGGACCCCAUAUUGCCAUUCUUGGAGCUGGAACCUUCGUGAAGACCCAAUACAUUCCACGGCUCUCUGAGAUCUCCAACCUCCUCGUUCUCAAAGCCAUUUGGAGCCGCACGGAGGAAUCUGCUAGAUCUGCUGUUGAGAUUGCUCGGAAGCAUUUUCCAGGAGUAGAAUGCAAAUGGGGUGAUAAGGGCCUUGAAGAAAUUAUUGCAGAUAGUUCGAUUCUUGGUGUUGCAGUUGUUUUAGCUGGCCAAGCUCAGGUUGAUUUCUCAUUGAGGAUGCUCAAGGCAGGGAAGCAUGUGCUUCAAGAGAAACCUGCGGCAGCUUCUACAAGCGAAUUGGAAACUGCGCUGUCAAGUUAUAAGUCAAUUGUUGAUAAUGCCCCUGACAAACCAAUUUGGGCUGUUGCAGAAAAUUAUAGAUUUGAACCUGCAUUUGUUGAGGGAAGGAAACUAAUGACUGAAGUUGGAGAUGUGAUGAGCAUCCAAGUUAUUGUUGAAGGAUCAAUGAACAGUUCGAACCCUUACUUCUCAAGCUCCUGGAGGCGUGAUUUUGCUGGAGGUUUCAUUCUGGAUAUGGGAGUACAUUUCAUCGCAGGACUGAGGAUGCUUGCUGGAUGUGAGUUAGUAUCUGUGUCAGCUACAACCUCUCAUGUUGACAAGACCUUGCCGGCACCAGAUAGCAUUUCCUCUCUCUUUCAACUGGAGAAUGGAUGUUCAGGGGUUUUUGUGAUGGUGGUCUCCUCAAGGUCACCAAAGAUAGUUUGGCGAUUUUCUGGCUUGAAGGGGACGCUGCAAAUUGAGCGUGGGAACCAAGAUGGACAGCAUGGCUACGUGGUUUUAUUUUAUGGUUCUGAUGGACAAAGCACAAGCUCCUUCUACCAAUUUAGUGGAGUGGAUGAAGAAUUCAGAGCUUUCUUUAAUGACAUAACACAGGCCACUCUAAAGAAGGGGACUAGCUACGAAGCUGAGCCUCGCAUGUCUUUUUUGGAAGGUGCCAGAGAUGUUGCCGUUCUAGAGGCAAUGCUUGAAUCUGGAACGAAGCAAGGGGCGCCCGUUCAAGUGAAAAAGUUUUGACCAAAUAAUUAGAUCUCUCUCCGGUUGCAGUUGCUUACGGUAUUGAGGUGCAUUAUAAGUUCAAUUUUCUUUUCUUUUUUUUUUCUUUUUUUUUACAGUGAAAUUGUUACGUUGAAAUAAGAAAGGGAAUACAUUUACGUUACAACGUUGAAGAGUUCUAAACGAUUGGUUAUUGCCUCUCGAAUGGUAUCAGGAUUGUAAAGGAGGAGAGUGUAGCUUCUGCAACUACACAUUCAUUAAGAGAAUUCUGGUAAAGCUGUUUGAUUUUUUCUGUUCAA